AUGCCCUCCUCGACAGCCAUGGAAUCUCUCUCGAAGGGAUUUUGCGCGGCAGCCCUUGUGGUCGCUCUCUCGAAUGAUCAGCUGGAGGCCUGGCAUGCCCAAUGGCCCCACCCAACCCUUCAAGUCGUGGAUAUCUUCCGUUAUCCGAGCGGAAUCACGGCGGAGACGGAGACGUCACGGUUUUAUCUCGCCCUUUCGGAUACGCAAUCCCUUAUUUGGGCGGUCAUCCCGCCUGGGGUCGAUUUAGAAGACGAGAUCGCCACCUUUCACGUGGAUAUCGGCUGUUGUGUGAGGCUCGAAGGAUACGAAAUGAUCGCGGCGGCUAACGGGCUGAACGUACUCGUGGUCCUGCACGCGAGCUUCUCGGGGGAUCCGUUGUCGCUGCUUGGCUUUCCAAUUGUCGACGAAGGGCUCUUCGCGCUCUCCCCACGCGCUCUUCGAGGGUCCUUCGAUAAAGGACGAAAAGACGGAUUCGGCAAAGAAGGGGGGUCGUCUUCUUUUUGUCCGGAGGAUGAACUCUGUCUGCGAGAUUUGAUCGAUCGCCCUGGCUGCACCGUGGAAAUCCCCGGGUGGUGGAUCGCGUUGCGGAUUGUUUGGCAACGUCGUGAUGGGAAUCCUAUCAGGGGUUCUCAUUUUUCGUCUUCUUCGACUUCGUUUUCGCGCCAUUCACUUCCUUCCGCCGUCGGUGUGGAUCGCAACGGGGAGGGGAUGGGGAUGUUCCUCGCCCGAGGGGCCGAAGUGUGGGAAGGGAGGGUGGUGCGAGGCCGAGGGGCGCGGGUCUCGUGGGGUUCCGACGGAGGCGACGGGGGACCUCUCGCGUUGCAUUUCGACGACCCCGCGAUGCUCCACGUCGUCGACGAGGCGGAUGAACUCGCGCGGGGAAUUCCGAAACGCCCGCGCGCGUUGGUGGGUUCCCUCCGUCGUCGUCUGCGCUCCCCACGCGGGGUCGCCGAGGCGGGGGUCGGCGACGUCGUCGCGAUCGACGCGAUCAUCCGCGCGGUCGACGGCGGGGCGAUGGUGCCCACCAAACGCGGGCAACUCCUCCGCCUGAUCGCGCAUUUGGAGUCGGACGACGAGGAGGCGGCGGAGGCCCACGAAGGGGAUCCCAAUCCCACCCGAGGCUUUCCCAGGGGGCGUGAAAAAGAAGGGGUGGAGCUCGCGUUGUGGGGCGCCCUCGCGGAGGCGAUUGAGCCGCGCCCGGGGGAGCGGUGGUGCUUCACCGACUGCACCGUUCGCGAGUUUCGCGGGCGGAAAAAUCUGAGCAGUCGAGGGAGCACCAUCGCGCUCCGCCUUCAACGCGGGAAACCCGCGGUUUCGCCGUUUUCCUCGCCCCUUUUGGGGUUCCCCACGCGUUUACACGAGGAAACGGCGAAACGAACGGAAAAAGCGGGGGUGGCGCGUCCGUUGCAUCUCGCGCGGGGGCUGCGGGAGGCCUCCGCGACCCUCCCCGCGCUCGUGCGCAUCCAAGGCAUCGAACGGCCCCUCACACGGGGGGUUUGCGCGCGCUGCCGGGCCCCUCGCGUGGGGGCGAUCGCGACGGAAAACGGGGAGGGGAUGUUCACCCUCGGAGAAGCCUGCGAGUGUGGGGGGGAAACGCGGGAGGGGUUCGUUGUGGUCUUGCAAAUCAGCGACGGGGUGGAAAGUCGACGGGUGUUGGGCUUCACGACCGCGGGGGAGUCGCUUUUUGGGAUCCCCGAGUCCGAAUUCGUUUCAAAUCACAAAAAAGAAGUGGGGUUUGAACGAGAGGCGUGUGAAAGCCUCAUCGGAUCCCCGAUAGCGGUUUGGUUGAUGAAUUAUUCGAAGGAGAUGCCACUGCUGGUGAGUUGUCGCCAUAUCAACCUCUCGCUAUCCUCGACGGUCCUACUCUCCGCGAUUAAGGAUAUCAUGGGUGAAGGCUAA